CUUUCUUUUUCUUUGUACAAGAUAAUAUAAAAUCAUCACCGUUUUGUUUGUUUAGCCGAUGGCAGCUUCCGGUAACGGUACAACGGCAGGGACAGGCUCACCGUGCGGUGCGUGCAAGUUCCUGAGGAGGAAGUGUGCAUCGGAUUGUAUAUUCGCACCUUACUUCUCAUCGGAGCAAGGAGCAGCAAGGUUCGCAGCUAUUCACAAGGUGUUUGGAGCCAGCAACGUGUCUAAGCUCUUGCUCAAUGUCCCAAUCCAUGAUCGAUGUGAAGCUGUUGUCACCAUCGCCUACGAAGCUCAGGCUCGUCUUCAUGAUCCUGUUUAUGGCUGCGUCUCUCACAUUUUUGCCCUCCAACAACAGGUUGCUUACUUGCAAGCACAAGUCAUGCAAAUGAAGGCACAAAUCGCCGGCCAUCAGACGUCAGCCGCCGGAGAUCUAAGAAACAGCUCAGAAAGUACUCACGAAUACACGACUUGGCAACAAUCUAGUGGCUCUCCGAUCGGCAGUGCGUACGCAGCACCAUAUGACCAUCAUCAUCCUUACUACGGUCACGUAAACCCUAAUAAUCAGGUCUCGCCACAGAGCUCGCUAGAAGAAUCUUUAAGCAGCACGAGCAGUAACGUCACUACUACAGCUAACGUGCGAGAGACUCAACAAACCGGAGGUGGCGUAUACCGUCACGGUGGGUUAGGGUUUCACGAAGGAUAUCCUAACAAAAAGAGAUCAGUUAAUUAUUGUAAUAGCGAUUUAGGUGAGCUUCAGGCUUUGGCUCUUAGAAUGAUGAAGAAUUAAGAUAAGUUGGUGACUAAUUAUGUAGGCAUACGCAGAAAAAAAUGAGAUGUUUUUCUAAUUUUGAUAACAAACAACAAAUCAUAGCAAUACAUUUGGAUGUUACAUGCUAUCAUCAAUAAACAUGUUUGCAUGCCUGUUUGUUUUGCACGUGGUGGCGAUCGCGGCUAACAUUAAUCGUUAACGACAGGGAGUAGUAUUUAGUUUGUGGUUGCUUGUUUAACGACAGGUUUCUAUAGUGAUUUGUUCAAUAUUGAUGUUUCUGUUUCAAUAAUGUGAAAUUCACGCACAAUGAUUGCUUGUCUUAGAUUUUCAUAAACGUUAAAAAUAAAACGAAUUCAGAAGACGUAGCUAAUUGAGGAAUGACCACUCGACAAUAACCUAUUGUUUCUUCCAUGAAAAACUACGCAAAGAAGGUAAUGCAUGUUGCACAAGCACAGGGAAAAUAAUAGGAGGAUUCACUAAAUUCCCAUAAUCCCAUAACUUACAAAUAUAAUAAAUGUAGACGUGUGUGCCAUCCAAGGGUUGACUUUGAUUCACACGACACACUUAUUCAUUAUAUACAUGUUUAUUUGGCUGGUUACGAAUUAUUUUAUUUUCUGUGUGGAAGUCUGGAAGGUAAUACAGACUUUAAUUGGAGCAUAGAUGUUCACCAUCUUUGGCAAAAAAAAA